GGGCCUGGGGCUCCUGAGGGUUGAGACGAGGGGACAGCGCUGAGCCCUCACACUGGGAGUGAGUAAAAAGGCGGAGGGAGGGCGCAUUGCUUUGCAUGGGGACAGAGGCGGAGAGAAGAAGGAGCUCUGACCGGAGGGACAUUAGCCUGAGAAGGUUACACACUAGGCUCCAAAUCAACAGAUCCACACACACACCCAGAGCGGGGAAAUGGCUUCUAUGGCAGCUGCCAUCGCUGCGGCCCGGACCGCUUGCACAUCUGGAAACCCGACCCUAGACGAAAAGGAGAGGAACCGCUUUGCCUAUUUCUCCUCUCUAAACUCCAUGGCCAAGAAGAUCAUGCAGGACAAAGAACGGACGAGACAACGCUACGGGCCGGAGGGGGAGCGGGUGGUACAGCCCAGGGAGCGAGAUGUUGUUGCCACAAAUACCCACAACCGCUAUGCGCUCCGCAGGGGAGUCGGAGGGUGUCACCACUGCCAGGGGGUUUCCUGCUGCCCCAUUCUCAGGACUCCCACUGAGCUGAAGCUUGGACACUCCGUGGAGGAGGAGGAGAAGAGCCAGUCAUUGUCUGGUCAAGAUUCUCCCAGUAAACCCAAACAGACAGGACCAAAGCAACCACAGAAAACAGCUGAGCAAAACACCCAGCUAACUGAAAGACCUCAUGAAAACCAAAUAGCCAAGUCCACUGGCAAAUCAAUGAGAACGCAUGAGGAGUCUGCCUUCAGAAAGAUGAGCCUGGAGUGCUCUGGCAAUGAAGUUUUACAAUCACAGUUGUCCUUAAUAAACCCAGGCCAAAUCAAGCCCUUAGAAAAGGGAGAGACACCAAUUCCAAACUACAACAUAAAAGGUUCAUUUCAGAAGGAAAAAUAUUUUGUCAAAGAAUCUGAGAAACCACAAGUUGUGACCAAACAACCAAAAACAACAGACCACAUUUUGACCUCUUUUAGUCAAGAGAAUGAUAAACCACGGCCAAGCCAGUCUACUGGUAGCUCUAAAGAUGCUAUCUUACUUACACAACCAGAAACCCAAGUACUGUCUGAUGCCAACAAGGAACCAGAUAUUGAUGAUUAUUUCUCAGCAGAACCUCAGGUCUUUUCACAGAUCAGCACUAGCAAUGUUAUCUUGAAGACGGGCUUUGAUUUUCUGGACAACUGGUAACAGGCACUUGACCCGUGGGACAGUGGAGGCUUAUUGUGUAUUCUGCCCAGCUGUUUCCUCACAGCGUCUGACCUCUCGCAGCCUAACACUGCUAAGACCAAUUCUUCUUCCAUUGAAAUUCAGAGUGGCUGUUCAUAUUAGACUGAAUGUGGUACAGGUAUGGGACCUGUUAUCCAGAAUGCUUGGGACCUGGGGUUUUCCAGAUAAUGGAUCUUUCUGUAAUUCAGAUCUUCAUAUCUUAAAUCAGCAGUAACAUCAA